AUGUUUCCGAUUAAGCUUCUCUUGUGCUAUGAAGCUCCUCCACCGUCUGAUAAUUGUGAUGGCGGCGGCUGUGAUGGUGUAGCUGGCGACGCAAAGUCGGACGCGUUUCUUCAGUUUUCUGGAGCCGCCGGUUUUCGGCCGAACUCCUUCAAGGACCGCUCCUCCGCCCUCUCUCCCCAGUCCCGUGGCGGCAACAUCCCACAUGAUGGAACCGACAGCCAUGCACGAAACCACGGUAUGUCGCAGGCACUUGUGGGCGCGCACGCGCCUCUGCGCCAACACAGAAGUGUCAUGAUUUGCACUGUGUGUGUGUGUGUGGGUGUGGGUGCGUCGCUUGAUGCGAUAAUUUAUGAGGCUGCUACCGCCGCUACUACAAUGGCUUAUACCGAGAGGCGAGAGGGAAAAACUGGCGGUGGUGGCGGCGUCGGCGGCGGCUGUAGGGCUGACGCGGCUGGGCCUUGGAAGGCAGCGGAGAAGGGGAGGAAAGUCGUGAGCCACGAGGCGGAGGCAUGCCUGCGCUUGGCGCAAAAACCACGGCCCUUUUUGCGCCCUGACGUCUGA